UUUAUAUCUCAUCAUAUCUUGGUGUAAAAGACAUAUUAAACGCGUGAUAUGUUUUCAAAUGCUGUUAUUAUGUAAUCAAUAUUUACUCAUAUGCCGGGAGCUAAUAAAUUUUGCAUAUCUGUAAUGUUAUUGUGUUGCGUAGUGUCGCAAUAUGUAACUAAGUAUAAAUGUGUUAUGUUUAAUUAAUGAAGUACGUGUAAGGUUUUAGCAGUUUUAUAGUCGCGAGUAAUCUAUUAGUGAACAAUAAACAUGGACAAAGGCGCCCCCAAUAUAGCGAUCCUCGGAGCUGGGGUCGUGGGACUGACAGUUGCUGAUAUUUUACAGAAAGACCUCGGCAAAGCGAACAUAACUAUUAUAGCUGACAAAUUCAAGGAAGACACCACAAGCGCGGUGGCCGCAGGUAUUUUUAGACCGGGAACGAGUUUUAGAGGUGCGACAAGAGAAAUUACACAGAAAUGGAUAGACGACUCGUGGCAUUACUGGCAGGAUAUAUUAAAGUCACCGGAAUCGCCAAAUGCUGGUGUCAUGGCUUUCUCUAGUUACAUAUUCUCUAAAGACAAUUAUCACGUCACUAGAAAUCCGUUCAUUGAAAAUCUGGUGCCUAUUUAUAGGCCAGUACAAGAGGCAGAGUUAAAACUUUGUGGUCCAGGAUGGAAGUAUGGUUCUUAUUUUACAACAUUAAAGAUAGGAUGCGAGAAAUACUUACCGUGGGUCGAAAGGAGAUUUGUUGAUAAAGGUGGCAGAAUUGUGAGCGAUAAAGUCGACAGUUUCACAUCACUACGCCAGUACGAUUUAGUUUUCAACUGCACCGGUUUAGGCGCGAAAUAUCUUUGUAAUGAUUAUGAUUUAGUCCCUCUCCGCGGGCAAGUUAUUAAAGUUAAGGCGCCAUGGUUGAAGACGGCGUUUUAUGGUGAUUACGAUACAUACAUUAUUCCUGGCCUGGAUGGCGUCGCUACAUUAGGUGGCGUGAGGCAAUAUGAUAGUUAUAAUUUACAAGUUUGUAAGCACGACGCGGCGGCCAUAUUAGAACGGUGUUGCCAGAUGUUGCCAGCUCUAAAGAAAGCUGAAAUUAUUGCUCAUAAAGUGGGGUUGCGACCGCAUAGAGUGCCUGUACGAGUGGAGCCCGAAGUAAUUGGGGGUUUGAAAGUGGUUCAUUGCUACGGGCACGGCGGAUACGGUGUGAUGUGUUCCCCGGGCACGGCACUCAACGCUGUUAAGAUUGGACAGGAUUUCUUGAAAAGUAACAUAAAAAAUAAACUAUAAGAGGAAAUUUAUUAUUUACGAGUAAAAAUCAUUGUUACAAACAAUACUGUGUUUCGACUGAUUUGUAUGAAUUUUUGAAAAUAGGUAUUUUCUUUUUGUUUGAAAUUUACUAUUACGUAAAUACUGACUAUAUUUUUAUCUAUGUUGAAAUUGGAAUUUUGAUCUUUCGUGUUAGUGUCAUUCUAUCAUCACGGCAUAUUUAUAUUAUCGUCAUGCCAAGUAGUGAUAAAGUGUAGGUAUGUUUGCGUAUAAUUUACCCAAUGAUAUUCAGUUGUAUUAUUAGUUAAUAUUUAUUAUAUGUCCCAGAUUUAAUGUCAGAUAGUUUAUUAAGUUUAUAGACGAAAAAGAAAACAAUAUUUCAUACUGUUCUAAAGUAAUAAAUAUAAUAAUAAGUAUUUAGAACCUUAGGGUUUUUUUUUAUACUACUGUUAUAGUAAACAAGCAUACGACCCGUCUGAUGGUAAACGGGAUUGCGGUAGCCUAUAUAUGCCUGUAAUAUUAGGUAUUUGUAUUUUAUUGCACAUUAAACGAGCAACAGAGAAUA